AUGGCUUCUUACCACUUCAGCACUCCAUCUUCAGAUAUAUCGACUCCGAGAUCUUCCUCUCCGUCCUCUGUAACAAGUCGCUCCUCAAAUACUACUAUAAGCAAAAGAAUGUCUCUUUCCAUGAGAAGGAGUUCCGGAUUCAACCCAAUGGCUUCUGUUGACACAAGUGCUAUUGAAGCUGCCAUGAAAAUGUCGUCUCUCGACGUUCUCCGAGGUUACUCCCAAGACAGCUUUGGCGUUAUAAACCAGUACCGGGAAACAGAUUAUGUGCCUCAACAUAAAGCUGGGGGUUAUCAAGUAAUCCGCGAACCCGCAUGGAACAAAGGCACUUCCUUCAGUCCCGACGAACGACUUAACAAAAACCUCACCGGGUUGAUACCCCAUGUCCUAGAAAGUCUUGAGACUCAGUGCCUCCGAGCUAUGCGAAUGAUCAACAGCCGUGGAACAGAUAUUGACAAAUAUCUCUACCUCUCUGACUUGAAAGCAAACAACACGGAUCUAUUCUAUCGUCUCUUGAUCGACAAUGUCGAGAAAUUAAUGCCCCUCGUCUACACCCCCACCAUUGGAGAUGUCUGCCUCCAAUACUCAACUUUAUAUACUAAACCCGAAGCUCUGUAUAUUUCCAUCAAGAAGCGCAGAUCGAUCAGAACCAUCUUGAGAAAUUGGCCAUACGCAGAUCCAUCAAUUUGCGUAGUCACUGAUGGUUCCCGAAUACUUGGACUUGGUGAUCUUGGUAUAAAUGGAGUCGGAAUUUCGAUUGGAAAACUUGCCCUUUAUACUGGUGCAGCAGGUAUUCAUCCCGAGCAAACACUUCCAAUUGUUCUCGACUGUGGUACCGCGAAUGAGGACAACCUCCGUGAUCCUCUAUAUCUCGGCCUUCGACAGAAACGUGUCUCGCCCGAAGUCGCUUUAGAAUUCAUGGACGAGUUCAUGGCAGCUGUAAAGGACGUUUAUCCUAAUAUGCUUGUCCAGUUCGAAGAUUUUGAGACCGAGAAGGCUUUCCAAUACUUGGAGAGAUAUAAACACGAGAAGAUGUUCAACGACGACAUCCAGGGAACUGGUGCUGUUGUAUUGGCUGGAUAUAUGGGCGCCGUCAAUCUUUCCGGGGUACCAAUCGAAGAUCAAAAGCUUGUUUUCAUGGGUGCAGGUUCAGCCGGUGUUGGUGUAGCCAAGCAGGUAAUGGAGUAUUACACCCGCAGAGGCCUAUCCGAGCAAGCCGCGCGCGACAAAUUCUACCUCGUUGACACAAGAGGUUUGGUAACACGCGACCGUGGUGACAAGCUUGCGGAGCACAAGAAAAUCUUCGCUAGAAGUGACAACAAAGGCCAUCAAUUCCAAACCCUUGAAGAGGUCAUCGAGUAUGUCAAGCCAACUGCCCUAAUUGGCCUGACAGCCACCUUUGGCGUCUUCACCGAAUCAAUUGUUCGAGCCUUGAAGGUCUCGGUCGAUGCUGGGGGUCUUGGCCGGAGACCGAUUUUGUUCCCAUUGAGCAAUCCCCUGACAAAGGCGGAGUGCACAUUUGAACAGGCAGUCAUGUGGACUGAGGGUACUGUCAUCUUCGCAUCAGGCUCUCCUUUCUCUCCCUGCACGAUGAAGAAUGGAGACUCAUUAACCACAUAUUACCCCAACCAAGGAAACAACGUAUAUGUAUUCCCCGGUAUUGGACUAGGAGCCAUCUUAGCCAAAGCGUCUCGUAUAACAGACGCUAUGAUCUACACCUCGGCCGCAGCAUUAUCAGGCUGCCUUAACCGAGAGGAGCUCCAGAUGGGUCUCAUCUAUCCGAAGAUCCAACGCGUGCGAGAUGCGAGCGUUAUUGUCGCGCGAGAAGUUAUGAAAUCGGCGAGGAGAGAGGGUGUUAGCACCUUGCCCAACGAGACUUGGAUUGAGUGGGAAGAGUGGGGAGAUGUGGCUUUGACCGCUUGGAUUAAGAAGCAGGUCUAUGACCCCAAAUGGUAG